AUGGCAGCUCCUCAAAGAUCAGAAAAAGGAAGAGAGGAGGAAGGGCAGCAGCCGUCCUACACACCUCCAAGCAACGGGUUCAAGAUCAGCCUGAAAUUGGAAACACGGGAUCCCAGGAACACCACAGCCACCUGUAUCACCGCAAUAGCUGGACUGAUAGGUUCCUGCCUCCACCUGUGCCUUGAUGGCAGUGACAGCAAGAAUGACUUCUGGUGGCUGCUCGACUCAGCUGAAAUUCUGCCUGCUGGGAACUGUGAGAAGAAUGGGGGUCAUCUUUCCUGUGGACUGGUGAUCUUUGGAGACAACCUGCAGCCACCUGGCACUAAAGUUCUGGUUGUGUCUGUGCAUGUCAUCAGUGAGAAGGAAAUGCACAUUCCACGUAAUAGUAUCAUCACUGCUAACGUUCAUGCAUUCAUUCUCCUGGGUUUCCUGUGCAGCCCAGAAGUAGAGAUUCUCCUUUUUGUUUUGUUCUCCAUCAUCUAUGUCUUCACUCUGCUGGGCAACAGUGCUAUUAUCUGUGCUGUGUGGUGGAACCAGCAACUAUAUACCCCCAUGUAUACUUUAUUGGCCAUCUUCACUUUCCUGGAGAUCUGCUACAUCAAUUCCAAUGUGCCCAACAUGUUAUUCAACUUCCUCUCCAAGACCAAGACAAUCUCUUAUAAAGGCUGCAUCCUACAGUUUUACAUCUUCCUCUCGCUUUGUGCCACAGAACUUUUCUUCCUGACCCUCAUGGCAUUUGAUAGGUAUGUCGCCAUCUGCUGCCCACUACACUAUCCAGUCAUAAUGACCAGGAAAGUCUGUGGAACCCUUGUGUCUGCCUGCUGGGUGGGUGGCUUCCUCUGGUUGGUGACACCUGCUACCCUCAUAUCCCAAGUUCCAUUUUGUGGUUCAAAUGUCAUUGAUCAUUACCUGUGUGACCUGGGGGCAUUACUGGCCAUAUCAUGUGUCCCUGUUCCCAAGACAACUCUGACUUGUAGCACUUUCAGUGCUGUGAUAUUGCUCAUCACUUUGUUCUACAUCCUUGUGUCCUAUAUUAUGGUCCUUCGAGCUGUACUUCAGGUUCCCAGAGGUUCAAGCAGGAGAAAAGUCUUCUCCACCUGUGCCUCCCACCUGGUAGUGGUAUCCUUAUUUUAUGGCUCAAUCAUGGUGAUGUAUGUAAGCCUAGGGGCAGCCAAUCAGCCUGGCCUGCAGAAAUUCAUGACCAUGUUCUACUCAAUUGCAACUCCACUUUUAAACCCUUUGAUCUACAGUCUUAGGAAUAAGAAGAUGAAGGCUGCUCUGAGAAAAGUCAUUUUAUUAAUCAUGCUCAUGAAAAAUUUGCACACUUACUGA